AUGUUAACGGAAAGGAGAACUUUACAUGAUACGCUUUUUUUGGAUAUUCAAGAUGCUCAGAUAACAGUCAUUCAGUUAGCAUGUAGUGCCGAUGGGGUACCAUUUCGCUUUCUAAAUGACCUUGAUAUCGACUCUAAGAGUGGUGAUGUUUAUUUCACUGAUUCAAGUUCACAAUAUCAUCGAUGGGAAUUUCGGGAAAUAGAUAUGAAAGAUCGAAGUGGAAGAUUGAUGAAGUAUAACCCAAACACGAUACGUGUGACCGUGUUAGUUAGAGGUUUAUCAUUCGCAAACGGAGUAGGUUUGAGCAAGAACAAAGACUUCAUAUUUGUUGCGGAAACAACUCUAUAUCAAGUGCUAAGGUACUGGCUAACCAGUCCAAAAGCCGGAAUAACCGAAGUGUUUAUGAAACUUACAGGACGACCAGAUAUCAUCAAUCGAAACGCUUAUGGAGAUUUUUGGAUCGCGCAAAACCCGACUAAACCUAUUAAAAUCAACGAGGGUGGAAUGAUACUAGAAAGUUUACAUACAAAUGAUAUAGUAGAUUGUAGUGAUGUGAAUGAAAUUCACAAUAAGUUGUGGAUAGGUUCUGUUAUUCAAAAAUAUAUUAUCUACACUAGCUAAAUAUUGUUUGUAAGCCUACUUUUGGGUUAUAUAUAGAAAAAAAAAUGUUUGUAAAAUUGCAUUCGUAAACUUUUAAAUAAAACAGGGCAGCUAAUGUGCGCA